UAUCCAAUGUUUGAGAAGUGUAGCUGUCGCAGAACAUUAUAUUUCUUUGAACAGGAUUUGUUGUAAUUACAGAGAAAAUGUUUUAUUUUGAAAUGUGUUCAGAUUCUAUGCUCUGUUACUGACACCUACUGGUCUAAUUGUGUAUUGCACUGAGUGUUCUGCAUGCAGUGUUCACAUGUUUAAUUGGAGCAAUAAAAACGUGCUGCCAGACGCUAGUACCAACGGUAGGACACAGAUGAAGGAGACGCGUCUGUGAAGAACUUUAAAAGACUGCAAAGCCUAAACAUUUCUGGUUAGAAGGCGCACACGUUUUUCACGGUGUUUGCUGACAAAAGGAAAAGAAUAAAUAUUGGUCAAACAUCAGUUGGAGCGUAGCUUAUCUGUACCAGAUGAAGAAACUUUGGGAGCAGUUAUAGUGAAAAACGUAGCCAUUCCAGGAGAGAGCAGCACGAUUCCUGGACGGCCAUGCUUCAAGGACUUCAUUACAGCAGCCCACAUGGAAGAUCUGCCUACAUAUUCGUGAAUCAGCUGGACAUUGGAGCUACAUGUGUCUAAUCCAGCUCGAUUGAAAAGGGACCAUAAAACAACAGUUUUUGGACAGUGCAGUUCUGCAAAUAAAUCACAACACCUUUGGAAUACCAGGUCAGAGUAUCUUUCAAGUUUAGAAACGGUUAAUUCCUAGUUAAUGUAAAGCGAAAACUGAGCUCUUGUAAAUUUAUCAGAACUGUAUUACUUGUUUGAUAUUGUUCAAUAAUUUAGACAGUAUAUUCUUCUAAUGUUUUCUAAGUAAUCUUUCACUAUAUAAUAUUUAAGAGGUGUUAGUUCAAACUACAGUUGAAAAUGGAGCAGAGUACAUCAGAAAACACAUUAAAGCAAGUACUUGCAGCUCUAGAAUAUGAGAAAGCACAGUUGCAAGAGCAAUUAGAAACUGAACUUGAGGACUCAGAAAGACAAGAAAUUGAAACACGUGUAGGAGAAAUUUGUGCAGAUCUUGAAAUACAGAAGAUAGGAUUGUUCCAACCACCUUCUCAAGUUGAAACAGAGGUUAGACGAUCAGAAAGGGAAAAACAUCCAACAGAAAAAAUGCUUGAGUUUAAAAGAACUGAAAUAACAAAAAAGGAAAGAAAGUUUAUGUCAAGGUAUGUAAACUUUAAAGCAGAGGUUCAACUCACAAGAUCUAAACUUAAGGAAGAAUGCUCUAAAACUGAGUUAAGUGAAAUGUUUAAAUCUGUAGAAAAAUGUGAGUCAGAACUAAAACAAGAGUAUGAGAGUUUACGUGCACUUACCAUGCCAUCUCAAGACAUAAGAAGGAAGAUGGAUAGCUGCACUUCAGUUACUACUGAAAUUACUCUCCUCCUGAAAAGCCGGUAUGCAGAUGUUGAUAUCAAGGAGUUUGACUCGUCGGCUGUUAAAGAAUCACUCCUUCAGUUACUCCAAAGAGAAGAUGCAAAGUCAAUUUAUGGAUCAACUGUUUCUAGAGCUGGACUGAGUAGUCAGCAAAGUCAUAGCCAGGAAGGAAGCCAUGUAACUGCAAAGAAGGCUGAUGCAGCUGCACGUUUGGCAUCAAAACGGGCUGAAAUAAACAGGGAGAUGGAAAUCUCUGCUCAGAGAAAAGAGGUUCUAGCUCAGCAAGAGAAGUUAAAAUUGUUGGAAGAACAAAGGGAUCUUGAAGUCAUAGAGGCUGAAUACAAUGUGUACGCAGAAGAGGAAUCAAAAUUGAAUGCUGAAAUAAGAGAUAUUGAAGUAAAAAGUACUUUGUUUGUAAAGUUGGCCAUAUUUCCAAAAAUUGUCGUCAGAGAGUCACUUGUAACAUUUGCAGGCGAAGCCAUCCCUCUCCGCUUCAUGAGGAACGCCCUCAAGGAGAAAGGUCUGAAACACCACCACAAGAGGACAGUGCUUCCUCUGUUUCAUGCAGUGUGA